AUGAGCAAUUCGACUUCUACUCAACGGCAAUGGGCCGAUGGACCAUAUCUGCUGAUUGAGACACCGAAGCAUAAGCAAGGAAUUACUACAAAUGACGAUCCGUAUUUGGAGACUGCGAGCACAAUGUGUGUAGUACACAACACGCUCCUCCGAGGCCUAAAUAGCAUAUACGUUCAAGGACCGAACAUAAAACCCGCGGAUUAUAAAAACUUCAUAGGAUAUAGCUUGUGUUGGCACUCUGCACUCCACGAGCAUCAUACGAGCGAAGAAGAGCAAUUUUUCCCAGAAAUCGAGGAGGCCGUUGGCGAGAAAGGAUUGCUUGAUGGGAGCGUUGAAGAGCAUAAAUCCUUCCACGAAGGCUUGGACGAAUUCAGUAGCUACCUCGAAGGUCUAGCAGGAAAAGAAUCGACUUUUGACGCCUCUCACCUCAAUAAAAUUAUCGACUCAUUCGCCCCGGCACUUAACCACCACCUCGAAUCGGAACUGCAAAGUUUACUAGCUCUCAGCAAAUACGGAGAAAAACUUCCAAUAACGCGUCUAUGGGACAGAGAGGGAGUUCGAAGUGUGACAUCAAUGACCAGAUUCAAUGCACUUCCAUUCUUUUUUCUCAAUAUCGAUGUUACGCAUGAAGAUUCUCUCUACAAAAAUUGGCCUCCUCUUCCUGGCCCAGUCUGGUGGAUUAUCACUCAUGUGAUGGCUAUACCGCAUCGUGGAUAUUGGAAAUUUGCUAGCUGCGAUGGCUAUGGGAGACCGAAGCCGCUGUAUGCGCCGGGGCUGACACAGAGUCUAGGUCAGUGA